AUGCUUGAAAGGUUAGCCGGUCAUUCUUUUUAUUGCUUUCUUGAUGGCUAUUCGGGAUAUAAUCAGAUUGUUAUAGCCCCAGAUGACCAAGAAAAGACUACUUUUACUUGUCCGUUUGGUACUUUUGCUUAUCGACGAAUGCCAUUUGGUUUAUGUAAUGCACCAGCCACCUUUCAAAGAUGCAUGGUAAGUAUCUUUUCCGAUUUCGUUGAGAAGAUUAUUGAGGUUUUCAUGGAUGAUUUUAGUGUCUUUGGUGACUCUUUUGAUGGUUGUUUAACUAAUCUCACGUUGAUAUUAAAACGUUGCAUUGAAACCAACCUUGUUUUAAAUUGGGAAAAAUGUCACUUCAUGGUAAAACAAGGCAUAGUUUUAGGACAUAUAGUUUCAGAAAAGGGAAUUGAAGUUGAUAAAUCAAAAAUAGGUCUUGUACGCCACUUACCCUCUCCCACUUCGGUGAGAGAGGUUCGUUCUUUCCUUGGACAUGCAGGAUUCUAUAGACGUUUUAUCAAAGAUUUCUCAAAGAUUUCAACACCCUUGUGCCGACUUCUACAAAAGGAUGUGCCGUUUGUGUUUGAUGACGAAUGUGAGAAGGCGUUCAAUCACCUCAAAGAAUUGUUAACUUCAGCACCUAUCAUUGUUCCACCAGAUUGGAGCCUUCCGUUCGAGCUUAUGUGUGAUGCUUCAGAUUAUGCUUUAGGGGCUGUUUUGGGACAACGGAAGGACAAGAAGCCACACGUCAUCUACUACGCAUCCCGAACCUUGAAUGAUGCUCAAUUGAAUUACUCCACCACUGAAAAAGAACUUCUUGUUGUUGUGUUUGCUUUAGAUAAGUUUCGUUCUUAUUUACUUGGUACUAAAGUUAUAAUUUACUCUGACCAUGCAGCUUUGAAGUACUUACUCACAAAGAAAGAAGCCAAACCAAGGCUUAUUCGCUGGAUGCUUCUUCUUCAGGAGUUUGACGUGGAAAUUAGGGACAAAAGAGGAUGUGAAAAUGUAGUGGCUGACCACUUGAGCCGUUUGGUACAUGAAGAAGACCUUCUACCUAUUCCAGAGGCAUUCCCAGAUGAACAAUUGCUGACCAUUGAGGCACUACUUAAGAAGUAUAAUGUCACACACAAGGUUUCAACACCUUAUCAUCCCCAAACAAGUGGACAAGCCGAAGUUUCCAACAGGGAAAUCAAGCAGAUCUUGGAAAAGACAAUUGGACCAACUCGAAAGGAUUGGAGCUUGAGUUUGAAUGAUGCAUUGUGGGCAUAUCGUACUGCCUACAAAACACCAAUUGGAAUGUCUCCUUUUCGGCUCAUUUAUGGGAAACCAUGCCAUCUUCCAGUUGAGUUGGAGCAUCGUGCACAUUGGGCAGUCAAGACUUUCAACAUGAACAUUGAUGCCGCUGGACUUCAUAGGAAAUUGCAAUUGAAUGAGCUUGAGGAAAUUCGGACUGAAGCUUAUGAGAACGCUCAUAUUUACAAGGAGAAAACAAAGGCUGCCCAUGACAAGAUGAUUCGUAGUAAAACGUUUUCUGUGGGGCAGAAAGUGUUACUUUUCAACUCUCGCCUUCGUUUUUUUCCAGUCCAAAUUCAAAGUUUAAAGACGGGACAUGAAUUCAAAGUGAAUGGACACCGUUUGAAGCCAUACUAUGAGUCUUUUAAGGAGCAUGUAGUGGAGGAUGUACCCCUCCAUGCCGUUGGCCCUAGUGAAGCUUAA